GUAUACGCCAUGGAUAAUAAAGUAAGAAAUAAUGUUGAUGGAGAAUCAUCGCUUCUGUUACAGAUGCCAAAAUCAAUGUUUUCUGUUCAUGAUUUUUCUAGUAAUACUUUCCUAAUGCCUGUAGCGAUUGAUAAAUCUGAAAUUUUUACUUCAGUAAAGAAAAAUUUUGGUUAAGAAACUUAAGCAUCAAUUAAAAUUCAAAGAAUAUGAAAUGAUGAGUAUUCUUAUAAAGACAUCAUGAGUUCCUCUACAUUGACUACUUUUAGAGAUACUCAGAACAGUUCAUCUACCCCUAAUACAGAACUUGGCAAAAGUAGUAUGUCUUCAGGAGUGGCUGCCAGUGCUUCAUCUAUCUGUCAGCUCGAGCAACCACUUUUAAUGCGAAAAACCUCUCCAGAACCACCCCAAUCCUAUUCUGCAUCUCAUGUUCAGCCAACUGGUUCCAAUUUUUCACCUUCUGUACAACCAAAUAUAUCCACAAAUGGCCCAUUUAAACGGCCUGUGUCAUCCCAUGCUGGAAAUGUCAUUCAAACAACUGUACCACAGGCAUCAUCCAAAUGCCAAAAUUUGUGUGCUGCAAACACUUAUCAAAUAAAUACUACAGUGUCAACUAGUGUAAAUUCUUCAAUGUCAGCUGUAGAGUCACCAACUGUCCCUACUUCUGAUUUAUCUGCUGUUUUGCCAGCAUCAUGUGAAAUUUCUAAUCCAAAUAUGGCUCCUCCUGGAUACUAUAGUGGACCAAUAUCUGGCAACAGUUCAUCAUCCAUGUAUCAUUCUGAUAUACAAAUGCAUCAAGCGCAAACUACUGUAAAUGCAUUUCCUUAUACUAGUAAUGAUAUGCAAAGUGAUGAUAGACAAGGAAUUCUUAAUAUGGCAUAUUAUCCUGUAAAACCUGCUUGGCUUUUUUGUGACACAGUUGAGUCAAAAGAAAUAUGGUAUGGAUUUAGUGAGUUAGAUUCUGAAGCACUGGAAGAAGCUUUUCAAAAAGAUCCACAAGCUAUUGUUGCUACUGAUGGGGGUAGAUAUGAUGCAUAUCUUGAGCAAAGAAUUAAAAAAUCUGUGUAUUAUGAUUCCAAGGAACUGCAUAUUAGACGUUGCACAUGGUUCUAUAAGUCAGAUUCAUCUCAGAAGUUUGUUCCAUAUGAAGAACAUACAGCCAGUCUGCUUGAACAACACUAUUAUGAAUGCAUAACUACAGGGAAAUGGCAGAGACGAAUUAAUAUAUCAGGAUUGGGGAGUGUUGUUUUGGAAAACCCACAGCUCAUGCUGCAUUAUAAAAAUGAACUUGAUGUUUGGCCUUCACUGCCGGAAUCAAGAGUUCAUCCUAAAGUAGUUAAACGGGGUAUGCCUGAAGGAUAUGAAAUUAUGCCUAAUGAGUCAAGCCAAAUAGACCAUCUUGUCUUUAUUGUCCAGGGAAUUGGAUCAUUUUGUGAUCUACGUUUCAGAACUGUGGCUCAGUGUGUUGAUGGUUUUCGUGAUAUUGCAAACAGACUUAUUAUGAGCCAUUUUAAACACGAAGUGGAUCGGGGGCGAGUUGGUAGAGUUGAAUUCUUGCCUCUUGCAUGGCAUGCUAAGUUGCACACUAGUGAGGUUGGUUUGGAUAGGAAAAUGCGGAAAAUUACUCUACUCAGUAUUCCAAAACUCCGUCACUUUACCAAUGAUACUUUAUUAGACAUUCUACUUUAUAGCAGUCCUUCCUAUUGUCAGCAAAUAAUAAACACUGUGGCAAGUGAGCUUAAUAAAUUACAUGAAAUAUUUUUAUCCCGAAAUCAUGAUUUCUGUGGAAAAGUUUUUGUAGCUGGUCACAGUUUAGGUUCUUUAAUCUUAUUUGAUAUUCUUGCAAAUCAAAAUAUAUGUGAUGCCAUUAGUCAGUCACUUAAUGAUGAAAUGGAUGAAAAAAACAAAAAUCUUGAAAGUAUUAGCAGUGAGCCACCAAAGCUCGAAACAGCUUCAAAUGACGAUGGGUCCAUUACAUCUGUUGGCUCCAUACUUGAGUCUCUCAAUUUAGACGAUUUUAAAGAAGUAUUUGCAAGAGAACGAAUAGAUUUGGCAACAUUGCCUCUUUUAGCUAAUGAUGAUCUUAAAAAUCUUGGAAUACCUACUGGUCCUCGCACAAAACUUCUGAACUACAUUCAUACAAGGAUGAAUCAUGAAUGUCAGUCACCAUUAGAAAAGAAGGAUACUUCUUCAGAUGUCAAUGGAAAAUCAGAAAAUAAACUGGAAGAAAGUGAUCAGGAUUUUGGAAAAAGAGCUUAUGAAUAUCCAUCACAAACGCCAAAUUCUUGCAUGUCGGCAAUAAAAUACCCAAGGUUGCAUUUUGAACCAGCUUGUUUUUUUGCUCUUGGGUCACCAAUUUCUAUGUUUCUGGCUGUUCGAGGUUUUGACACAAUAAGUGAAGAUUUUAGGUUUCCUACUUGCCCAUCAUUCUUUCAUAUAUUCCAUCCGUAUGAUCCAGUGGCAUUUCGUAUAGAGCCAUUAAUUGAUCCCAACUUUUCUGCAAAACCUGUACUGAUACCUCAUCAUAAAGGAAGGAAACGUAUGCAUUUAGAAAUCCGGGAAAAUUUGGCCAAAGUUGGUAUUGAAAUAAAGGAAAAGGUCAUGGAAACUCUGCGGUACACUUGGAAUUCCUUAAGUGGAUUUGCUAAAGCUCAUACAUUCCCUUCUGAAGUAGUUGAAGCUGAGGUGGAUAAAUUGGUCAAACAGCAAAUUUCUGAAUCUGAAAAUGAGAGGCAUGGUGCAUCAGAAGCGUCUGAAGAUGAUAUUCAAAUUGGUUGUCUUAAUGGUGGCCGAAGAAUCGAUUAUGUACUUCAAGAAAAGCCAAUUGAAGCAUUAAAUGAUUAUAUAUUUGCCCUUACGAGUCAUGCUACAUACUGGGAUUCUGAAGACACAGUUUUAAUGAUCUUAAGAGAGAUAUAUGCAAUGCAAGGAAUAUCAGCAGCAUCUGAAAGCGAAAGCAAGCAGGCGGGUUAUAAUAGCACUACACUUAACAGAAUUGCUCCUCUUGGAUCAGUGGCAUCAAAUCAAUAUGCGUUCACAUCAAUGGCACACGACAGUGUGGGUCAGAGCUUUGAUACUGUGCCUUCUAAUUAUGCUAAUCAGAAUUUGACAUCUCCUUUUCCAGUAACAUCGAAUGUCUUAGCAGACGAUGUCAAUGCUAAAGUUUUGCCUCAGAUUCCUAAUAUUCCUCCCAAUGUUUUAGUUUCUCAACCAUUAGGACCUCCACCGUUAUCUGGUUUUGUUAAAAAAUCGCCUUUUGCUAGGUGAUUUUUCCCAUAAAUUAUUAAAUGGAUUGUUUUUGAUUUGUUAAUUUUAGAAAAUUUUGUUUAUAAUAAAGAGUUUUAGAAAUUUAA